ACUUUUGUAGUGAAUGAAAAGAUUUAAUUUUAAUCCAGUGUUUACAAUUAAUCUAUUAAAUUGUUUCAAUUAAUUAUUGUUGUUAUAUUUUCUGAAUGUUUUUAAUUCCACGUUCACAUAAUCCAUGAAACUAUUGGAAUAAUAAUUUCCAAGGCUGUGAUGGCUUCUUAUAGCUCUUCAGCUAAAGUCUCUUUAAAUUUGCGAUGUCAACAAGUUGAAGAGAUUGACACAGACGAUGAAAAACAUGAGGAAUUUACCUGUUUAAGUCCAUUGGGUUCAUCUUGUUUCAAUAAUUCAACUUUCUCUUCAAAUAUUAAUUCUAAUCAUUCUGGUGAUGAUGCUAAUAGAAAAUCAAAUCUUUUACCUUCAUCGGGUGUGGUUAGAUGGUCAAAUGGACGUUACAUUAAUCUAGUUAUUCAGAUGAUAAUUUGUUUAACAUUAAUUAUUUUAGUUAGCAGUCAUUCAUUAUCACCAGGACCAAGGAAAUCCUCAUGUGAUCAUGUACUUUGUUAUCAUGGUACCUGUCAGGAUGGUCGAUGUCAAUGUGAUCGAGGUUGGCAAGGGUCAGCUUGUCAUAUGUGCACUGGUCGGACAAUUUUAAAAGAAACUUCUGGUGAAAUUACUGAUGGUAAAGAUAAUUAUGCUAUCGAUCUACAAUGUACCUGGUUAAUUGAUCCAGGUAAACCUAAUUCAACGAUUCGUCUUAAGUUUGAUGAAUUUGCAACCGAGUGUAGUUGGGAUCAUUUGUAUAUAUUUGAUGGUGAUUCCAUUUUUUCACCUCUCAUUGGAGCAUUUAGUGGUCUUCUAAUCAAGGAAGGUUUUUAUGUUCAAGAAAUUCCCGAGAUCAUCGCCACUUCAGGUCGAGCCUACCUCUACUUUUAUUCCGACACUGCUUACAAUAUGAGUGGAUUUAAAAUAUCUUAUAGUGACAAUUCAUGUCCAAACAAUUGUUCAAACAAUGGUGCUUGUAUUGAUGGUAUAUGUACAUGUAAUGGUGGUUUAGAUGGAGCCGCUUGUGAUAAACCAAUUUGUCCCAAUAAAUGUUCUGGUCAUGGUAGAUGUGAAUUAUCUGAACGUCGUUGUAUUUGUGAACUAGAUUUUAUUGGUGAUGAUUGUAGUCAAAGUUCAUCUCAAGCCUAUUGGAGUACAAUUCAUUCAAUUGGUUCUGUUAAAGGAAGAGCACUUCAUCAGGCCGUUGUUCUUAAUGAUUCCAUGUGGAUAAUUGGUGGUGAAUUUUUCGAUAAAUCAGCUGAAUUAAGUGAAUUUUUUGUUCGCUAUGAUCUCAAUUUGAAAAAAUGGGACCCAAUUGAUUUCAUUGAAAAAGGACCAACACCAAGAUUUGGCCAUUCACUUGUCUCUUACAAUGGAGCCAUUUAUAUGUUUGGAGGAAUAGUUAAAAAUACUAAAGUGGUCAAUGAACUCUGGAGAUAUGAUGGUAAACAUUGGACAGCACUUCGAUCUGAUGAUAAUCGUGGCUGUUUAUCUGGACUUAACGGACUUUGUGCACCUUUAACGGUUAUGGGACACACAGCAAAUGUCAUAGGUGAUCGGAUGAUAAUUAUAUUUGGUCAUAAUCCAAUUUAUGGUUAUCUAAAUACUGUCCAAGAGUAUGAUUUUAAACGUAACAAUUGGACAGUGGUCAAUACCAAUGGGGCUCAUGUUAAAGGAGGCUAUGGUCACACUAGUGUUUAUUAUCCGGAGAACAAUUUAAUUUAUGUCCAUGGUGGUUACCAUUCAUCAUUAACUGAUUCCAUUCUUGUUGAUCUAUUAUACAGUUAUCAUCCUGAUAAGAAAAGUUGGAGACUAUUAAAUCCUAGCCAAUCACCUCGAUAUCUUCACAGUUCCGUUAUCAUUAAUGGUUACAUGUAUAUCUUUGGUGGAAAUGGACACAAUGCUACUCACGAUAAUACCGGAGAUAAAUGUUUCUCAGUACAAUUUUUAGCCUAUGAUAUUGAAUGUGAUGAUUGGUUACAAUUAAAUCAACCCUCAGUCCAAGGAUCAGGUCGUUUUGGUCACAGUGCAAUUAAUUAUAAAGAUCAGAUGUAUAUAUUUGCCGGUUUUAAUAGUCUUAUGUUAAACAAUUUACUUCGAUACUCACCCAGUGAAUGUCCACCCAAUCAACCUCAUAGAAGUGGUUGUUCAAAACAAAAAUAUAUCUCAUCAUUUCCAUAUCCAUCUAAAAAUGUAACCCGAUGUGCUCCAAGGUCAACAACUCAUUUCAAUGACCUUUGCCAAAAACAGACCCAUUGUCAUACCUGCUUAGAAAACAGUUAUGAUUGUAUUUGGUGUGGUGACUCUUGUCGCCAUGAGAAGUGUAAAAAAGUAUCACUUAAUUCAAAAAGUAUAACCGAUGUUAGUAAAUGUGAUCCAUUGAAACGUAAAGAAUUGGAAUGUGAUAAAUUUGACAAUUGUAAUUAUUGUCACACAAAGGAACACUGUGUUUGGGUUCGAGAUGUUAAAUGUCGUUACAAUCGUGAUCACGAAAUUUUAACCAAUGCAGUUUCAUCAAAGUCUAAAACUCCAAUUGAAAAAUAUAUCGAAAGUUUUUCCAGCACAACAUCACCAACAAGCACCAGCGUUACCACCAUAAUUCCCGUGGUUAACAUAACCACUAAUGGUACCAACAACAAUAACACCAAUACUAGCAUAGGAAUUUGGAGCACAGAAAGAGAUUGGAUAAGUGCAAUUAUCAGUGACGCUUAUCAGCCCAUUUGCGAAUAUCCUUGUUUCACUCGAACCAGUUGUAGUAAUUGUACUCGAGGUCCAUGUAUGUGGUGUUCAUCAUCCCAACGAUGCAUUGAAUCAAAUGCUUAUGCCGCUGUUUUCCCUAUGGGCCAAUGUAUGGAAUGGACAAUUCACCCUUGGCGUUGUUCCGGAUUAAAUUGUGAAGAUAUUCAAACUUGUGAUGCCUGUCAAAAUAAUCCAAGGUGUGGUUGGUGUGAAGAUGGUUCAAACACCGGGGUUGGAAAAUGUAUGGAAGGAUCUUAUAUGUCACCUCGAAUACCCGAAUCUUGUCCCGCUAAACGUUGGCAUUUUGUCUCAUGCCCUGAUUGUCAAUGUAAUGGUCACAGUCAUUGUACACCCGAGACCAGUGUUUGUGAGAAUUGUAAAGAUUUAACUGAAGGGCUUAAUUGUCAAAAAUGUAUGGAAGGUCAUUAUGGUAAUCCAGUUAACGGCGGUACUUGUCGCCCGUGUUUCUGUUACAAUCAUUCAUCAAAAUGUAAUUCUGAAUCGGGUAAAUGUUAUUGUACCACCAAGGGAAUCAUUGGUCAUCAUUGUGAUAAAUGUGAUGAAUCAAGUCACUAUUAUGGUAAUCCAACUGAACCCGGUGGAUCUUGUUAUUAUAAUUUAUCGGUUGAUUUUCAGUACACAUUUAACAUGUCGAAACCGGAAGAUUCACAUUUCACUCGAAUUAAUUUUAUGAAUGUUCCAGCAAAACCCGAUGUUGAUGUUGAUUUUACUAUUGCCUGUUCAUCUUUUGCAUUAGUAAAUAUCUCGGUAGGAUCACCAACGGUAACAUGGAAACACAGUAGACUCGAAUGUGGCUCAUUUAAGAUUCGCUUUAGUCGAGAAGAUACUGCAUUUGGUAACGACAAUUCCACUUUCUAUGUAAACGUAUUCGAUUUUCAAACACCCAUACUAUUACAAAUAUCAUUCUCACAACAUCGAACACUUGAUCUGUUACAAUUUUUCGUUACCUUUUCAAGUUGCUUUUUAACACUUCUAAUAAUCGCCGCCGUUAUGUGGAAAAUAAAACAACGCUAUGAUAUGUAUCGUCGUCGUCAACAACUUUACCUUGAAUUGGAACAUCGAGCUAGUCGACCUUUUGCCAGUAUACUAAUUGAAUUAAACAAUGAAGAUUCAGAGGAAAUGUUGAUACAACGAAACAGAGACAAUGAGAUGGAUUCAUCAGCCAUCACCAACUCCACCACCACCACCACCACCAAUUCCACCUCCGCCAUAUUACCUUCUCGCUGUGACCCAACACCUAUUGCCCUAGAACCUUGUGCUACGAAUAAAGCAGCAGUUUUAUCAUUAAUACUUCGUUUACCCUCCGGUGGAUCAUCAACCGUCCCACCAGGUCAAACUGGAUUAGCAAUUGGAUCCGCAUUGGUUUCACUUGGAACUCUUGAUCAAAAAUGUACUAAAUGUGUAACCUGAACAAUUAACCAAGAAAAGAGAUGAAAAUUUCGUGAAACAAAAUUGAGAAACAAAUACAAAGAAGGAUAAACAAAACUAAUCAUGUUCAAAUGUUCAAACAAAAAUUCUAAUUCUAAUUAUAAAUAUAAUAAUCAUAAUACAAUAAUAAUUACAUAAAUGGAUAACUAAAAAUUAAAUUAUCCCAAAAGUAACAAUUGACCAACACCAUUUAAAUUAGGUAAAAACAACAAAUGAGACAAAUUAAAAACCAAUCAACACAAAAGUCUCACUACUUAAUAACCAUAAAUAUAAAUAUUUAAAUAUUACCAAGCUUAUUAUGUUAUUAGAAUUUUAAUUUUCAAUUUAAUGUAAAAAAAACUAAUUAAAAUGGAGACAAUUUAUCAAUAAUGA